CGUCCCGUGGUAGGCUUAAUAAAAAGCCGGGGGCUGCCAAGCAUCACGGAGACCCCGAGAAAGAACCAGCCAUGCUCUCGUCUCACAGCCAGCUGCUCCGAGCCUUGCUCCGAGCUUUAACUGCUCUCUGGAGGAGCCUGGCACCCUCUUGCCUUUGGUUCUGGCGGGCGUCCCGCUGCCGCCCUGUCGCCCCGCGGGAAGCCUCCGUAGAAGGGAACGCUGCGGCGCCGGUGCCGCUUAGCGUCAACUACCACUUCACCCGCCAGUGCAACUACAAGUGUGGCUUCUGCUUCCACACCGCCAAGACCUCCUUCGUGCUGCCUCUUCAGGAAGCCAAGAGGGGGCUCAGCUUGCUCAAGGAGGCGGGUAUGGAGAAGAUAAACUUUUCAGGAGGGGAGCCAUUUCUUCAUGAGAGAGGAGAAUUUGUUGGGAAGCUGGUCCAGUUUUGCAAAGAGGAACUAAAGCUGCCAAGUGUUAGUGUUGUGAGCAAUGGCAGUAUGAUAAAAGAAAGAUGGUUCAAACGCUAUGGGAAAUACCUAGACAUUCUUGCUGUGUCUUGUGAUAGCUUCUGUGAGGAAGUCAAUGUUUUAAUUGGCCGUGGGCAAGGGAAAAAAAACCAUGUUGAAAAUCUCCAUAAACUGAAGAGGUGGUGCCAAGAGUAUGGUGUGGCCUUCAAAAUAAACUCGGUGAUUAGCAGAUUUAACAUGGAAGAGAAUAUGAAUGAGCAGGUUAAAGCUCUAAAUCCUAUCCGUUGGAAGGUAUUUCAGUGCCUGCUCAUUGAAGGAGAAAAUACAGGGGAAGAUGCUCUGAGAGAAGCACAAACAUUUGUUAUCAGCGAUGAAGAUUUUGAACGAUUCCUGCAUCGUCAUAAACAUGUCUCAUGUUUAGUGCCUGAAUCUAAUCAAAAAAUGAGAGAUUCAUACUUAAUUUUGGAUGAAUAUAUGCGCUUUCUAAACUGUGCAAAUGGCAGGAAAGAACCUUCCCGAUCUAUCCUAGAUGUGGGUGUAGAAGACGCAAUACAAUUCAGUGGAUUCGAUGAAAAGAUGUUUUUCAAGCGAGGAGGAAAAUACGUCUGGAGCAAAGCAGAUAUGGCACUACAGUGGUGACCAAACGUUUCUAUUCACUGCACGUGCACUGAAACCACGAACAAUAUCCGUUUAUUCCACUUUCAGAGAAAACGAUACUUUUUUUAAAAAAGAAUUUUUCCUGCAUUUGGGUGUACAGCAUUUUAAUGAAUGUUGCUUGUUGCAGGCAAAAUAGGUGUAAGGUUUCCUACAAUUGGGAAUAAGCUGUAAUUUACUGUAUAUUUAAAUAACGGUUUGCACUAGCAGCAAAGAAAACAUUUUGUAUACAUUGGCUUGGAUAAAAGAUCUCAGUCUUGUCUGGAUUCAGCUUCAGUUUAUUGGCCCUCAUCCAGUAGAUUAUCGCAACCAAGCACCAAUUCAGCACAUCCACUGCCUCACCUGCAGAAAAUGAAAAGGAGAAAUAAAGUUGUGUGUCAUCAGCAUACUAAUGACAACACACUCGAAAACUCUGUAUAACUCCACUCAGCAGUUUCAUGUAGAUAUUAACAACAUGGGAGACAGAACUGCCCCCGUGCAGGACGGGGAACCCAAACUGGUGAACCCACAGAGCUGAGCAAUGCUCCCCAAGAACCACCUUCUGGAGCUGGCCGUCCAAGUAAGAACAGAACCACUACAGUGCAGUGCCCCCAACACCAAACUCAGACAGUCGCUCUACAAGGAUAGCCCUUAUAUCCCAGCUCAAUCACUGAGAUAAUCUGGAGGUGUGUUGUUAGUGUUAAAGAGGCCCAGCAGGCAUCCUCAUCUCUUGAAGACCUUUUUAUGCUGGCAGGCCUAUUUGGUUUAAAUUUUCUUAAGACUAGCCAGUCAUUUUAAUGAUUAUUUUGUAUUGUAUGUGUAUGGGUCGUGCACUACCUUAAUAUUGUACAUGAGAUGGCAGUAUGGAAAUACUUUUAUAAACAAAACUGGAUAAAUU